CUCCCUUUUUAGCCAUGGAUUCAUCUCAGCAAUCCCUCUUUACCUGCAUAUCAUGUUCCAUUGCAUUCCUCUCUGCUCAGGAACAAAGAAUGCAUUACAGGUCGGACCACCACAGAUACAACAUGAAGCGUCGUGUCGCAUCUCUGCCUCCUGUCAGUGCUGCGGUCUUCAACGAAAAAGUACUAGAGCGAAGGGCUGAGACUGCAGUGAUGUCGUCUCCGAAUGGGUCCAGUUGCAAUGUAUGCAACAAAACGUAUUCCACUGAGAAUGCUUAUCGAUCCCAUUUGAAUUCUAAACGACACAAGGAUAAUGAGCUACGAUCUGUUACCAGGGGAUCAUUAAGCCAGGACGCUCCUACAAACCAAGACAUCCCAAAAUCUCUACCAGUAUCCUCAUCUCCGGCAACACUCAUUGUCGACGAUGCGGCCUCGGAUGAUGAAAUUAACCAAACCAUCGAUGCAAAAAUUGCGGCCGCUCGUUCACGGAUAUCGCGAACCCAGUGCCUAUUCUGCCCAGAGGAAGCAGACUCAUUGGAGAAUAAUCUCACCCAUAUGUCCUCUGCACACUCAUUUUUUAUUCCCGAUGCAGACUAUCUGGUUGACCUGCCAGGUCUAAUCGACUAUCUCGGGGAGAAAAUAGCCAUCGGAAGCGUUUGUAUCCACUGCAACGGCAAAGGUCGAGAGUUCCGUACUCUUGAGGCGGUCCGAAAACACAUGCAGGAUAAGGCUCAUUGCAAAAUCGCGUACGACACCGAAACGGAUCGGCUCGAGUUCUCCGAUUACUAUGACUUCACCAGCUCCUAUACUAAUGCAGCGAGCAAGGAAGAGGAUGGCGAAUGGGAAGAUGUUGAGGGUGAUGACAUUGAAGAUGCAGAUCAAGUCGUCGAAGACGUAGAGUCAGAAGACGGGAGCGCAGAUGACCUAUCCGACAACCAGCUCGCCUAUGGGGAUUCUCACUAUGAGCUCGUCCUUCCGUCAGGUGCACGCAUAGGGCAUCGUAGUAUGCGUCGGUACUAUGCCCAAUCCUUUGCGGCCCUUUCAAGACGUAAAGAUGAGGAUCCGAAUUCCGGCAAAGCUCUCGUGCGACAAUUGUUAGCGGACAAACAUUCAGUACUGGUGCCACGAAAGGGCGGCUUCGGCGCAUUUGGCAGCGGUACGGAUGUUGUGAAAGCGAGAAAUCGUGGCGAAGCACGUGAGGCUGGGAAACAUGUUCGAGAGUUUAGAGACCAGAAGCGACGUGAAGAUUUCAAGACCAAAGUCGGUUUCAUCAACAACCACCAGAAACACUACAGAGACCCAUUGCUCCAGGCGAAUAUUUUAAUUCUCUGCCCGAUACUUCUUACUAACUACCGAUUUACAGUGAUCAAUGAUUUUUGUUGUCCAGAUCCCAAUAGACAUAUUGAUGAUAUGUUCUCACUCGCUCCUAUCAUGUAUCAAUGCUUCAGAACAAUUGUCUACAGUAUAAGGCGUGAUUUCUUACUGAUUGGUAAUGGAAUAGAGCACCGCUACUGGUCCUACCACCGUUCCUCCUAGUAUCCACUGAGUACCGACUAUCAGAUAUUGAGAUCUCUGACUGGCCUUGCCAAUGAUGAAUCGGAUGGCAGAGGACGGCCCGUGGUGAGUGAGAAAGCAGUAGGCCAAUGUGAGGGUCAGGCAUUUGACUUUGCGGGUACGGAUUUCAUGAAUUGUUCGAGUGAGGCAUGAUGCUUAGAAUAUCUAAGUAAUUACAGUUACGAAUUUCCCAGCACAGCAUCCGAGUCUAGUAGAUAUACUAGUAGCCCCCCUUCAUAACAGUAGCUUGAGGUCCUCUUCCUUUAUCAGAGUAGGCGUAUUUGAACGAUGGUCACAUGCUGUAUGUAUGAG